UCACUUCGCAAUCCGCCAAUCCCCAUUCCCCAAUCUGCGAACACUUCUCCGAAGCCCAGCAGAUUUGCCAUGGACGCCUCAGGCACUGCAGCCGUCGGCAAGGCGAAGAAGGGAGCGGCCGGGCGCAAGGCCGGCGGUCCCAGGAAGAAGUCGGUCAGCAGGUCCGUCAAGGCCGGCCUCCAGUUCCCCGUCGGCCGCGUGGGUCGCUACCUCAAGAAGGGCCGGUACGCCCAGCGCGUCGGCACCGGCGCCCCUGUCUACCUCGCCGCCGUCCUCGAGUACCUGGCCGCCGAGCUGCUGGAGCUCGCGGGCAACGCCGCCAAGGACAACAAGAAGUCCCGCAUCAUCCCGCGCCACCUGCUGCUCGCCAUCAGGAACGACGAGGAGCUUGGCAAGCUGCUCGCCGGCGUCACCAUUGCGCAUGGCGGCGUGCUGCCCAAGAUCCACUCUGUGCUGCUCCCCAAGAAGACGGCCGAGAAGGCGGCCAAGGAGCCCAAGUCGCCGAAGAAGGCUGCCAAGUCCCCCAAGAAGGCGUAGAAUAUUUGCGUUGCGUAGGUUCGAGUAUCCUGGAUUGAUGGGUUGUUUGUCUGGUGUAGUUGUACCUUCUGAUCUGUAAUUUUAUCUGUUCUUGGUAACGCAGUGCUAUGAUAAUUUCCCCCAGUAGCUUGUGCCGCUAAUUGCAAAGUCAGAAUUACUGUUGGAGUAA